AUGAAAUUAACAUUACUUGUGCUGUGUGUAGCCCUUUUGGGUUCGAAUGCCAUGGUGAAUGGCUUCUUCUUUGGUGGCAAAGGUGGUGCCAAUGGUGGCGGUGGCUUUGCUGCCAAACUUUGUGCCAUGGGUAAAACCCAAUUCUGUACCACCGCACCAACUGUUGCCCCUACCACCACUACAACGACAACAGCACCCACUGCACCAACCACGCCAACAACUCCAACCACCACAGGCACUGGUACUGGUACAGCACCAACUGCUACCGGUACUACAACUUCAACUGGUUCUGGAACUUCACCUACUGGUACAGGUACUGCACCUACUGGCGGUGGUACUUCACCCACUGCUGGUGGCGGUGGUACUACACCACCUGCUACUUCUCCUACUGGAAGUGGUGGUGCCACACCACCAGCUACUUCACCAACAGCCCCUGCACCAGCACCAACCUCACCACCUGCCGCAACAGCACCAUCACCAGCACCCACAGCUACAGCGCCAUCGCCAGCACCAACAGCUACAGCACCAGCACCAGCCCCAACAGGUACAGCCCCAGCACCAACUCCCCGUGCCUUGGCUCUGGAUGAAAUUGAGGAGAAUGAAAUUGAAGCCGCCUCCGUUGAUGAGGAUGAAAAUGCUCUGGCCGAUGAUGAAGAUGAUGAGGGAGAACGUGCUCGCCGCCGUCGUCGUAUGCGCCGUACUCGCCGUCGCCAAAGACGUAAUCGUCGUAACCGUCGCAACAAGGCAGCUCGUCGUAAUCGCAAAAUCCGCCGCAAUCGCAGGCUACGCCGCCAGCGUAAAAAUCGUGCUGUGAGACGUCGUCGCAUUACCCGUCGCCGCAGGAAGAACAGGAGUGGUUAA